CCAGUUCUAAGUUGGUCGUUAAUCGCCCGCCGGACGGCCGAAGCCUGCCAAGGGCGUCCCCACCCCGGUGCUGGGGGCGCCGGCCGGUUGCCCGGCUAGUGCCCCCCUGCUCCGAGGGGUUUCCCCCAAGGCCCAGCGAGCCCGACCCUUAGAGCCAAUCCUUAUCCCGAAGUUACGGAUCCAUUUUGCCGACUUCCCUUAUCUACAUUGUUCUAUCAACUAGAGGCUGUUCACCUUGGAGACCUGCUGCGGUUAUGAGUACGACCUGGCGUGAAAACUAUUCCUUCCCGCGGAUUUUCAAGGGUCGUCGGGAGCGCACCGGACCCCGCAAAGGCUGUCAAGAAGAAAAGAGAACUCUUCCCAGGGCCCCCGCCGACGUCUCCGCGUUCAGUUACGUUGCCGUGGAGAAUCCACAUCCAGGUGCCGGAAUGUUAACCGGCUUCCCUUUCGGCACACGACGCACGAGGGCGUCUUUCAAACGGAACUUCCCUAUGCCUUAG